AUGCACAUGGCCCAGCCUGCAGUGGUGCUGGCCAGCAGCCGAGGUGUGGCCAGCAUUGUGUGUGAGUAUGGGUCUUCGGGCAAAGCCACUGAGGUCCGAGUGACAGUGCUACGGCAGGCUGGGAGCCAGACAACUGAAGUCUGCGCUGCAACGUACAUGGUGGAGAGUGAAUUGACCUUCCUUGAUGAUACCACCUGCAUUGGCACUUCCAGUGGAAACAAAGUGAACCUCACCAUCCAAGGGCUGAGAGCCACGGACACGGGACUCUACAUCUGCAAGGUGGAGCUCAUGUACCCCCCUCCUUACUAUGUGGGCGUGGGCAAUGGAACCCAGAUUUAUGUCAUUGGUGAGCAAAACUAUAUCACUAAACUGACACCUUUUGCAUAG